ACCCACUUAUAACCCGGAAGCAGAUCGGUGGGAUUGUGCACGGAUACGGUGCGAGAUACAGUGCGAGAUCGACACCUAAGCGUAGAAGAAGCAGGUCAUGUAGGUCAUCGUUGACAGCACAAAUGUCACCUUCAAACGUAAAUUGACUCGCAAGAGACGUCAAUUACGUUAACGUUAAGGUUCACACUACGAGGACACUUUCAGUAGCGCCAUCGACUUGACCUGCCGUGUGUUUAUCGAUGACGUCUGGAGUAAACCACGCGUAUGGUUCAUUCCGACCUCUGACAUCCACGUAACGUUUGUCGGCUUUAUUUUGACCUGUUAUUUGCACCUCUGCAGCCUGAGAUCGCGAUCAGGAUUUCCAGAAUUUGAAAGAGAACCCCAAACCUUGCCAACAUGGCGCUGUCGGCGUAUGAAGACAUUUCUGAGGAGGACGAGUGCGACCUGCAGGACUGGCAGCUGCCGCUGGCCUACAUGAAGAAACGACAUGUGGAGAGAGUGGAGGGCAGUCGGGCAGUCACACAGACAUGGAGAAUGAAAGAAAGGAUGAAGACUGUGAGUGUGGCACUUGUGUUGUGUCUGAAUGUUGGAGUGGACCCCCCAGAUGUCAUCAAACCAUCCCCUUGUGCCAGACAGGAGUGUUGGAUCGAUCCGUUGUCUAUGAGCCCACAGAAGGCGUUGGAAGCCAUAGGAGCCAACCUACAGAAGCAAUAUGAGCGCUGGCAGCCACGGGCCAGAUACAAGCAGAGUUUGGACCCAACUGUGGAAGAAGUGAAGAAACUAUGUUCAUCUCUUCGAAGAAAUGCAAAAGAAGAAAGAGUGCUGUUCCACUAUAAUGGGCAUGGUGUCCCCAGGCCAACUGUCAAUGGAGAAAUAUGGGUCUUCAACAAGAGCUACACCCAGUACAUUCCCCUCUCCAUAUAUGAUCUACAGACGUGGAUGGGAAGUCCUUCCAUAUUUGUGUAUGAUUGCUCAAAUGCUGGUGUAAUUCUGGACUCGUUCAAGCAGUUUGCUGCCCAAAGAGAACAGGAAAUUGAGCUGGCAAAGAUCAAUGCCCAGUCUUACCCAGGAGCGACCCAGAUGCCCCUCCCACCUUCCAUGAAGAACUGUAUCCAGCUGGCAGCCUGUGGACCCAAGCAGCUGCUGCCCAUGAACCCUGAACUCCCCGCUGACCUCUUCACCUCCUGUCUCACCACACCAAUCAAGAUAGCCCUUAGAUGGUUUGUUCACCAACGUGGAGGCAAAUUAGUACCAAGUAUCACAGAAGACCUGAUAGAGAAGAUACCAGGACGUUUGAAUGACAGAAGGACACCAUUAGGGGAGUUGAACUGGAUCUUCACAGCCAUCACUGACACUAUAGCAUGGAACACCCUCCCCAGAGAGUUGUUCCAGAAGCUGUUUCGACAGGACCUGUUGGUGGCAAGUCUCUUCAGAAACUUUCUGUUGGCCGAGCGCAUCAUGAGGUCCUACAACUGUACUCCACUGUCCAGUCCCAGACUCCCUCCAACCUACCAGCACCCCAUGUGGCAAGCCUGGGACCUGGCUGUUGACCACUGUCUCUCUCAGCUACCUGCCAUUGUGGAUGAUGGAGCAGCUUACAGACACAGCCCUUUCUUUGCGGACCAGCUGACAGCAUUUCAGGUCUGGCUAACCAUGGGUACUGAAAGAAGAGACCCUCCUGAGCAGUUACCUAUAGUUUUGCAGGUUUUACUGAGCCAGGUACACAGAUUACGAGCCCUCGACCUGCUUGGACGCUUCCUGGAUCUGGGGCCAUGGGCAGUCAGCCUGGCCUUGUCUGUUGGAAUCUUCCCAUAUGUGUUGAAGUUGUUACAGAGCUCAGCUCGGGAACUGAGACCGCUGUUAGUUUUCAUCUGGGCGAAAAUCCUGGCUGUGGAUAGUUCAUGUCAAGCUGAUCUUGUGAAAGACAACGGACACAAGUACUUUCUGUCUGUUCUUGCUGACCCCUACAUGCCUGCAGAGCACAGAACAAUGGCUGCAUUUGUACUUGCAGUUAUUGUAAAUGACUACACCAAUGGACAGGAGGCUUGUUUGCAGGGUAACCUCAUUGCCAUCUGCCUAGAGCAACUUAAUGAUGCUCACCACCUCCUUCGCCAGUGGUUGGCCAUUUGUUUAGGUCGGAUCUGGACCAAUUUCGAUGCGGCCCGAUGGUGCGGAGUUCGGGACAGUGCACAUGAGAAACUGUACAUUCUAUUGAAUGACCCUGUACCAGAGGUGAGAGCUGCUGCUGUAUUUGCCCUUGGUUGCUUCAUUGGGAACUGUUCGGAGAGAACUGACCAUGCCAACACCAUCGACCAAGGAGUGGGGAUGAAGCUCACUGAACUAGCUCAGGAUGGAGCUGUCAUUGUGAGAAAGGAGCUGGUGGUUGCCCUACAUCAGCUGGUGCUGCAGUUUGAGAGCAACUUUGCAUCCAUUGCGCUACACUUCAUCGAAGAGGAACGGCAGAGGGAGCAGAGCCAGUUAGCAAUGGGAGCAGCUGUAACACCUGCAGUGGGCUCCUGCAGCACCCCGCAGGCGAUGGGUCCCCGCAGCAGGCUCUGGCUACAGACUAGUUAUAGCGACAGCAUGUCAGGAAGUUACCCUAGCAGUGGGUUGCAGCCUAUGAGCUCCCCAAGUCGGUCCAACAGUAGUGCAAGCCUCAGCAGUAUGGGGAGUAUAGAAGGUCUAGAGAAGAGCCCUGCAGUUGGUGACAAGUUGGACAGGUCCAUUAAAAGGGUCUCUUCCAGUAGCAGUGUGUCCUCCCUUGGAUUUGCUUACAAUAACGUAUAUGCCACAGUCUGGAGGACUUUGGUCCAGAUUGUACAGGAGCCACACUCUGAAGUGGCAGAGACAGCUAAUACUGUGGUCAAUGCAAUCAACUUAAAGGCCACCAUGACACCCAGCCCAAGUUCAUGAGAGACAGGCGACUGACUCACUCCGCUCCGUCCAGUCCGACCAAAACACAGACUCCCCAGAUGGUGCCCAGUUGCAGCUUCCCCAUGAGAUUGCCAGACCUUUGGCCAUCAGAGCUGGCGAGCAACCACCGCCCUCCCGCCCUCCCAACCCUGCACCCAUCGGUUCAGCUAUUCCACAUUCAAGCACCUUCCAGAGUAAGAGAAGGCUGUUUGACAAGGGACCUAAUUCG